UUUCAUAACGUCUCUGGGAAUUCUUGUGCUAACACUUUCCUGUGUUAGCAGAACUUUUGUUUCGGUUGUUAGGAAAGAUUUUGAGAGCUUAAGGCACCCAGGUUUGCGUCUUAUCUUUGCACCUUCCUGGUUUCAGCAAUUUUUCUUUUUUUUAAGAAGAGCCCACGUCUCUAUAAUCCUAUUGACACAGAUGAGGCAAAAAACAAAAAACAAAACACACCCCCACUUCCACGCCCCAUCACGGAACAUAGCUUUCGGAAACAUUUUGCACAAGAACGGGAUAUUGGCAACUCAACUGUUAAACCUGCCUGUGAUUAUUCUUCCUUGAGAUCACUCUGAUGUCACCAGUGUAAUUUGAGCCUGGAGCUUUUGUUCAUGCUUUAAAUAGCAGUGCUGGAAUGAGUUUGCUACAGACAGACUCUCUGGAGAGCCUGGCCGCUGAGUUCCCGAAGAUCCUCCCAUCUAUGAGAGCAAAGCCAAGCAACCAAGCCGGCACCAUGUCCUCCUCGCUGCGAGUCAGCCCGUCCAUCCACGGCUACCACUUCGACACAGCCUCACGCAAGAAAGCCGUGGGCAACAUCUUUGAAAACAUCGACCAAGAAUCACUGCAGAGGCUCUUCAAAAACUCUGGGGACAAGAAAGCAGAGGAGAGAGCCAAGAUCAUUUUGGCCAUAGAUCAAGAUCUGGAGGAGAAAACCCGGGCCCUGAUGGCCCUGAAGAAGAGGACGAAAGACAAGCUUUUCCAGUUUCUGAAACUGCGGAAGUAUUCCAUCAAAGUCCACUGAGGAGCAGAGAAUGGAUAAGGACGUUAUCCACGACUGGACAUUUAAAGGCCAAGUGAGUUUGUGAGACGCUAACACGCAGCGCCGUGUUGCUCCUUGCAAGCUUCUCCUCCGCCAGGACUCCGGAGGCUGGAGAGGAACAGAGCAAACUGGUGACAGGACUCCAACCGCUUUCAGGCCUGUGCUGUGACAGUGGGGAACGAGCUGCCUUCAGCAAGGACUGGAAAACUCUCCUGGCCCGAAAGGACUGAUGCUGGUGUCAGGAGAGGUCUGGACAGAUGUAAGGAGAGAUGAAACUGAAGAAAACAGAUGGCUGAGGAAGAACUGCAGCCAGGGUCUCUUUGUCAGGCCCUAGGACUUAAAUUCCACCUGAACUUUUUGUUUGUUUGUUUCCUUAAGCAAACUGGGGAAGGGGAAAGAGGAGGGAGGGGCGGGGAGGGAAGGGAGAAUAGGGAGAGAGAGCUUCAUGCUACAAUUGUUUACUGAAUUUUUUAUUUGAAUUCUCAAGAUGUUUCCAAGCUUCAAUGUGGUCUAUUGGUAUAGCUUUUUAGAGAUCAGUAAGUGAUUAUUUAUUUGCAUUUAUUACAGUGCCUGAAAAGUACGCCACAUGGGUGUAAGUGCAAAGUCAAGGAGCUGCAGUACCUUCGGCAGCUCAGCAAAACCAGACGCCACCUUCUGGUUUAUAGAGGUUUUUGUGCAUUUCAGAGUGGUUGCACAAAAGUUGGAAUAAUGGGCCCUUCAGAAAUUCCAAGUACUGUGAAAAAAAUGUAUAUUUUUUUUAUCUUCUAACUAAUGCUAAACUAUAAUCUAAUUAAAUGUCUUACAGUUACUGCAGUGAGCAUUAGGAAGUGAAUAUGGUAUACUAAAUAGUUUAUAAAGAUGCUAUAGUUUCUAUAAUUUAUUAUAUAUGACAAAUGAUAUGCAACCAUAAUAAAUUAUUAUAAAUUUGA